CAAGAAGAGGAAAAUAAAAUCUGGGUGUCCAAUAUCACUGGAGAAACAUCAGAGAAAGAAAUUCAGGAUUAUUUUUCGAAAUUCGGGAAAGUAGCAGAAGUCCUGUUUAUCAACAAACAUCGAUCUGGUGACACAAGAGAUUCCUGCCUAGUUGCCUUUGAAUCUAUUGAUGGUGGAAUUGGAUCUUUAAAUGAUACAUUUCAUCAGAUACCUUCCCAGGAUCAGGCUGUUGUUGUGAAAGUUGUAGAUGAUAAAUUUUCAGGCCGACCCCAUUUGCCAAAACUACAUGUGAGUGAUGUUCCUGAGGAUGUGACAUUGGAAAUGUUACGAAACUAUUUUGAAGGGUUCGGAUCUAUUGAGUACCUAGGGUUCACAAAUUAUCAUUCUGAAAAGGUAGCAUCAACAUUGACAGGCGUUUCUGUGGCUUUUAGCAAUGAAGAGGCACUAGAAAAUGCCUUGAACAGGACAAUUCAUGAAGUAAAUGGGUGCAAGCUGAGAGUACAGAAAGCAAACCGCUCAUUUGCUGGUCAGCCGUCUGACUUUCUGAGUCUUAGAGUAUUGAUGACCAAAUUACCAGAAAAUCUUGAUGAACUAGCUGUGAAAGAUUAUCUAUUGGGACAGUCUUGCAGAGUCAAGUCGGUGAGAUUUCUCUUGCCGACAGUUUGUAUCGCUAACUUGUGGAACUUGCGUGAUGUGAACAGAUUAGUGGACAUUGCUGGUUCAAAGGGGCAUGUCAUUGGUGGAAAUCCAAUCUCACUGCGUCGGUUUCACUGGGUCAAAGCACAAGAGGAAGGAGUGAAUCUUGGUGAAAGUUAAUCUUCACAAAUCAGUGGUGAAGCUUGUACAAACUUGAUUUGUUUUUCAGAUGAGUUCAAUAGUUUGAAUAAUUAUUACUAACAUGUAUUUUGAGUGGAGGCAUUCACCCUCAAUCCUGGGAGGGUUGAGACCCGAAGAUUUUUGAUUUCAUAUAUUCCAUCUGUUUCAAUUUGACAAUGUUCAAUUAUGUUGUUUUAAUCACAGCAUAACAUUGUCUCGUUUGCUAAAAGAAAGGUAUCGACAUGAGUGCUUUUCAGAGGUUUGUACACAUCACUCAUGUUUAGAUGCCCAUAUUUGUUACCUCUGUGUGAGAAAUAAUUUUGUUAUAUAAACACCAAUGA